UCGUACGCCGGCGGCAAGCGAUCAAAGCUUCGCAUCACAAUUGCACUCUGUGCAUCCAUGACAGGCGAGAAGCUGAAGCCGCUCGUUAUUGGAAAGUCACGGAAGCCGCGCUGCUUUGGAUCCAUAGACGUACGGAAGCUGCCGGUCCGUUAUGAGGCAAAUCGAAAAGCUUGGAUGAUCACCCCUCUGAUGGAGGAUUGGCUCAGGGACCUUGAUCGCCAGAUGGGGAAGCAGAAGCGAAACAUCCUGUUGCUGCUCGACAACGCCCCAGUCCACCCCGACAUCAAACUGAAAAACGUGAACUUUCAGUUCCUUCCGCCGAACACGACGUCUUUGGUACAGCCAAUGGAUGCGGGAAUAAUUCAGGCCGUGAAACUUAAGUUCCGGAAGCGGCAGCUUAAGUACGUCCUGGAAGAGAUGGACCGUCAUCCCACCAAGCUUGGUCCCGAAAUACUGCGCGACAUCUCGAUCCUCGACGCCAUCUAUUGGAUCUCGGCUGCUUGGCGGGAACUCUCAACAGAGACGAUUUCAAAGUGCUUCGGGAAGUGUGGCCUCAUACCUGACUUCCUAACAACGGGCGACCAUGCGACCGUCGUGAGUGACACUGAUUUUGAACCUGAGGACGAUCUUCCCCUGUCCAUGCUUCGUGUCUCCAAGGAGCUCUUCAGUUGUGAUAUCACUGAACUCGACAAGAUUGACAACAAUCUGCCGACUUGCGAUAACAACAUGGAUUUCUGGGAGCGACCGGCACCCCAGAUCCUCGCCGAUCUCAAUGGAAACACCGCCGCCGAUGCCGCCGCUGAGCAUGACGAGGACGACGAUGGAACAGAAGCUCCCAAGUGUGUUAGUGUUAGUGAAGCAGCUGAGUGCCUUCAGAAGCUGCGCUCGUUUGCAGUUCUUAAAAAUGACUGCUUGCUGAACUCAAUCAUGGAAGCACAGGAUGUGUUUAUCAAAUAUAGGAUGGACUCUAGUGUCAAGCAGAGUAAAAUAAGUGAUUUUUUUAAGUGAGUGUUUUGAUUUUGUGUGUGUCUUGAGUGAAGGGGGACGGGGGUCGUAGUGCUUAUUGUGUGUUGUUGUUUCUACUGGUAUUUCAUGUAUAAAUGUUUGCUAUGUUAUGUGUAUUUUGUACUUUGUUCUUUGUAGAAUUACAUGUACAUGUACGUAUACAUGUAUGUCAAUAGUUAUUUAUACAGUAUAUGACAAAUUAAAUAAAUAAUUAAAACAUAAGAGAAUAGAAAUGCAACAUGUAAUAAAUAUACAAAUGUAAAACAAAACUGUGUUUUCAAUCCUUUAUUUCAUUAUACAUGCAUAAGUAUUCAAACAUUUAAAUAAUAGAGCACAUACAUAGAUAAGGUACCUGUUAAAAAACUACUAGCAUAUUUUGCAAAGUUUCGAUCGACCCUGCGAAUAAAGACCACCUGUGAACAAAGACCACAACGACCAAAUCCCUUGAGUGGUCUUUAUUGACAGGUUGGA